AGGAACUCAUCCCGGGAGUGAAGCCAUGCACGGCAGUGAUGGACUUGUGUCAGCCAUGGCCGGUCUAGACCUGCAGGGACGUCAGCCGGCCUGUGCUGCGACACAAGGUGGGGCUGGGGACAAGCGUCCCCUAGGACAGAGGGGCGACGUGGUGUUGGGGGCGACCGCCUGUCAUGACAGCGACGACGAGGACUCGCGCUGCGCCGUCUGCUUCCUGACCAUGGUCCAUCCUGUGCGCUUGCCCUGCGACCACGUCUUCUGCUUCCUCUGUGUCAAGCCUUUACUGCGUGUGUACCCAUUAAAAGUGUCGCCCAAUGCCCCCACUGAGUUGCUGACCGCCCCCACUGACAACCGUGAAUUGAAUUACCAGUGGUUUUAUGAGGGCCGCAAUGGCUGGUGGCAGUACGACGCUCGCACCAACAAGGAGAUCGAGGACGCGUACCAGUCUGAGGCGACGACGUGCCAGGUGCUGGUCGUAGGACUUGUCUUCGUGGUGGACUUCACGCGCAUGCUGCAGUACAGGAUCAGGGAUCCUUCCAAGCGACGCAAGAUCAAACGGGAUCUCAGUGAUGCUCCUAUGAAGGGUAUCGCUGGCAUCUCUGCUAGCAGGCUUGAUGGCCGCGAGGAGGAUGUGGGUCAUCACGAUGCACAUCUUCCACGUGUAGAUGAACAUCACAUGUCCCCGCCUUUGCAUCAUAGGCAACAUGAAUAUCAAACUCCUCAUGUUGGUGCGCAGGUUUCACGUCUUGAUGUUCAUGGCAUUCCUCCUUAUGUACAUCAAAUAGAUGAUCUUGAUGUACCCCAAGCUACCCAUCACAGUGCACAUCCUGUGCAUCAAAUCCCGCACCACAGUCGACAUCCUCCCCCAUACCUCACAGAUCCCCCCACUGACGCCCCACCCCUGAGGGUGACCCACCAUGCAGAGGCUGCAGGUGCAUCAGUGGGAGGCAUGGGGUACGAUGAGCCUGGUCGCCGCCCCCUGUGGAUGGGGAGGUCGGGGACACGUCAACCCCGAUCCCCACCCGUUAGACCUCCUCCCCCGACCGUCAGUAGUCGCUUCACUGGUGACCUCCACGGGGACGCCUGUCCUUCCCCUCCCGUGGGGCUACCGAUGAACCAGUGCCCUUGGGCUGCUCCCCAACAACAUUGUCAUCCCUCUCACUCGUUGAGGGGUGUUCCAUCCCACUCUAGAGUGACAGAGAGACCUUUCCACUCCAGAGUGACUGAGGGGCCUUCCCAAUCAUCUGAUGGGGACCAGCAUGAUAUGCCGGAGGAGUUUGUGUUGCCUGAGGACCUACCAGAUGACCUCUCCUCCUCUCAGGGCGCCGUCCUUGGUGUUAUCGCGGAUUCGCUGCCAAGAAUUCACCUGCCACAGCUAGACCAACGUACCAAUUGUUGCCAGUGCCAUCGGUGCCAUCUGAUGCCAGGGUGCUGCCACCUCUGCCGGCAACUGCACAGUCAAGCGCAGUGUUUAGACAACGGAAUUUGUCCUUCAUUUGGCGAAUGUCCUCAGCAUUGCGACUGUCCUGGACUUUCAUGCGACUGUAUUGGGCCUUCUUGUAAAUGCCCUAGGUCUUCUUGCCACUGUCCUGGGACUUCCUGUGACUGUCCUCGGCCUUCUUGCGACUGUAAUCGUUCCACACGUCCUGCUAGUGAAGUGAACCUUCGUCGUCAUGGGGCCCACGUCUGCUGUCGCUGCUCCUCACGUCAUCGUCCUGCUCACCCUCCCUCCUGCAGACUUCCAACCCUUACACCAGGCACUGAUGAGGACCCUGGCGAUGAAGGGCAAGCUGGCACUGACCCUUCGCUGCCAGACUAACUACCCUAACAAUAUGCAUGCGAGCCCGACUCUGCUUCAGGCACCGCCCAGGACUCGGGGAACACGUAAAUCAGCCGCUAAUGUUCGUCUCAGCCGAACUUGCAGUGCAGCCUCCAGGCAGCCUGCAAGCUCGGCAUGACUCGGCCACACCAACCUUCGUCAUACUCUCAGGAUAAAGCCGGAAAAAAAGUUCGAUCGGUUGGCCGAGUACACUUGGAACAACUCUAAGCCGAGUGUGACGACUACUGAACAGAAGCACGGACGUUACCUAAAUUUUGGGUGAGGGGCUCGCGACGUUGGGUGAGCCGACCGAGCAGGUGUAGGCCUCGUAAUGCUAUUCCUACGUACAUCCAGAUUAAUUCCAACUUAGAAAAAGCUAAUCCUGAUAAUUUACGUCUCGUUUCAUUCUGUUUUACCCAGGCUUUAUACGAUUUUGUAUUUUUGUUUUUUCUAUUUUACUCAUCCGACUAGUAGAACAUUUGACACUGAUUAUGAUGCAGGAAUUUGACUUGUUAUGAUUAUAUAUGCAGGAAUUAGACGUGUUAUGAUUAUGUAUGCAGAAAUUUGUAAUUCGUUCACUUGUGGUUUAACUAACUCCAAUUAAGUAUUGAAUCAUUAAUUAACUCGGAUAACUAUUUUCUUUUCAGUAACUGAAAUCACCAAACUUGUUGUAGCAAACGUUACACAUUUCGUGUUAUACAUUAAAUUUGCUUUCAGUUAGUUAAUUAGCUGCCUAAUUAUGAAGAAUUGUGUAAUCUAGAGGUGAAUGUAGUUUGUUGGAAGUGGUAGUUACAAGCGUUAUUAGGUGUUGUUUAGGGUAAGUUAUAUGUAAAGUGAGGCUUAGGUUAGGGUAAGUUAUUUGUAUAGGGAGAUUCCGUUUUGGGUAAAUUAUAUUUAUAGGGAGGGUUAAGUUAAGGUAAGAUAUAUGUUUAGAGAUGGUUAGGUUAGGGUAAGUUAUAUGUAUAGGGAGGGUUAGGUUAGGGUAACUUAUAUUUAUAUGGAGGGUUAGGUUAUGGUAAGUUAUAUGUAUAGAGAGGUUUAUGUUAAGGUAAGUUAUAUAUAAGGGUAAAUAAAGUAAGGAAAUACCGGGAUGUCGUACAGAAAACGACGCACCCGCCACAUCAAGACUCGGAAAUCGUAUUAAGGCUGUACAUAGUUGUUCUAGUGUAUCCUUAGUUUAUUUUUAAAUUACUCUUAACGUACUCUAGGGUAAUUUUAACGUGAUCUUAGUUUACUUCUAACACACCCUAAGUGUACUUCAAUGAACCCUAAACGUACCUUUCAGCUUAAUUUCAGCGUAGCUGUAUGGUACUUUUAGCUUACCCCGUAUGGUUAUUUGCAAGUGAAGUGAUCACUGGUAUGCGUGUGAUAAGAAUACCGUACGUAGAGUUAACCCACUUCUGAACCCAGCUGGUAGAACAGAUUCAUAGUUAGAACUAGAAACUGAUUCAUUAGAAUCAGUAGAUUCUAAUUCAUAGAAGUGAUUCGUUUCUAGUUAUCUAUAAUUUGAUUUAACUUGUUAAAUGGUUAGUUUGUUGAUAUUGUAUAAGUUUAUAACAAGCCUCGUGUAGGCGGGGCGCUGUGAUGUGUCGAGCGUGUGUUUCUUGUUACAUAUUCAUCACAUUAUAGCCUGGGCAAUUAGAACUAAUACAUGAAAUAUUUCACAAUUUUUUCUUCCAGAUUGUUCAUUUCUUUACUUCUUAUUCUCCUCAUGUUACACGAAUAAUUAUACUUAAGAAUUGAUAUUAUUAGUAUGGCUUGAUUGCGAAUGCAUCACCACAUCACACGUUACUACACUACACUACAACAACCCUCUGCAACACACUGCACCACCGCAACACACAACGCAGUGCAACACAGCGUCCCCGCACUACACUAUGGCGCUCUAUGGUGAAAUGAUGGCGGCAUUAGUAAUAAGGUUGUAAAUAGUAGCCUUAAUCCUACACUUAGCCCUACUCUUAAAGUUGUACAUAGUAGCCUUACCCCUACACUUAGCAUAGUCUUUAAGGUUGUACAUAGUAGCCUUAACCCUACACUUAGCCUAACUUUUAAGGUUGUACAUAGUAGCCUUAACCCUACACUUAGCCUAGACCUUAAUUAAGAUUGUACAUAGUAGCCUCAAUCCUACACUUAGCCUAGACCUUAAGGUUGUACAUAGUAGCCUUAAUCCUACCCUUAAGGUUGGACUAAGUAGCAGUACACUUAACCUCGCCUUUAGAUCUAGCCUUAGUCCUAUAUUGACGGUAAGACUAAACUUAACUUUAGGUUAACGGUUAACCCUAUUUCUAAGUUCUGGCUUAAUCCUAUUCUUAAGGCUAAGAUUACCUCAAGCCUUAAGCCUAACCUUAAGGUUCAUCUUACCUCGAACCUUGAUGCUGAGGGAUGACUGACUCACCUUUACCGCAGUCUGAUUCACCUUUACCGCAGUCUGAUUCACCUUUACCGCAGUCUGACUCACCUUUACCGCAGUCUGACUCACCUUUACCGCAGUCUGACUCACCUUUACCGCAGUCUGACUCACCUUUACCGCAGUCUGACUCACCUUUACCGCAGUCU